AUAAUGUCAGGAAACUAUAUCUUAUAGCUGCCAUAAAAAUGAAAGAUAGGAACGGCCACAAGUUCUUCAGUUCUCGGCAGAUGGAUUUUCAAGUUUUAUAUAAAUGUUAUAUAGUUUUAAAUAAAUUGGGUGACAAAUCGGUUUAGUAUCUACUAUCCAGAGAAUUAAAAGUCAAGACGUAGCUCUGUUACGGAGUUUAAUACAAAUAAAAUGAAGAUGUUCUGCUUUUUGAGCCUGUUUUUGGUACUUUGCUUCUCUCUGGUGUCUGCGAAGUUACUGAGUUCCCCGCCAGUGUUGAUCUGGGGCCUGGAAACCCCCCCCUCACAGAGUAUUUUCAAAGCAUUAAAAAAGGACCAAUUUACCGCGAUGAUGAAACGGCUGCAAAAGGACAACAUGAUUGUGGCUUAUUUGGCCUCCGAGCUGACGGCCAAGGACAUCAACUGUGACGUUUGCUUUCCAUACCUCAACCAGAUCAAGCCGAUGAACUUCUACAGUCAAGUGGAGGAACCAUUCCUGGCAUUGGAGAAAGUGGCCAAAGCCACUGAGGCCAUCGUCUGGCACUCCCCCUCAACCUCGGUCAUCUCCAAUCUGGAGCUGGAAAUGGAGAUGCGUUGCCAGAAGGGAAAGAUACAUUGCUUCGACCUGAAAGAUCGAAACUUUAUGGCUCACGACCAGGCGAUGGCCGUAUCCACUUACCAGUUCACCGACUGCCCAGUAGUCCACAUAUACUCGGCCUUCACGGAGGAAUCUCAUGCCUAUUUGCGGCGACAGGCGUCGAAGGAGAAUAUGCCGAUUAUAAACGAUCCUUCGGCACCACAAAUAACACAAACUAUCCAAAAAGAAAUAGAUUCCGAAAUAUCUCAUACUGGCAACAUGACCAUCCUGCGCCAUGCGAACCUUGUCAUCGCCUACAGUCGAAUCGUAGCCAUCCGAAAGGAUCGGAGAUCCACUGGGAUCAACUUCAAUACCACCUAUAUCAACAUCAUGCCAGGCAACGAAAGUGUGGCCCUGACUAUGAUCAAUGGCAAGGAUAUACUACAAGGCAUCGCCGUUGUCCUGGAAACGUCUAGCGGACCUCUGGUGCUGGAAUUUUUGCCAGUUUAUGGUAAUUGGUACUUAACUCGGGCCGUUUACGAGGGAAACGAAUCAUAUCAUCCUCGGGACUUGAUCUUCUUUUCGGGCCAGUUCAGUCUCUGUUGCGAGUCGGUGGUAUUCUUUUCAGCCAGAGAGGGUAGAAUCGUUCUCUAUUCCUUCCACAUUGAUUUUAUUCAAGAGGAAUCAUCUAGUGGUCUGAAUGAAAACUACGUGGCAAAGGACUGCUGGAGCUGCUCCCAUUUUAUCACUCCGGCCCUGGCCCAGAUCACCUUCAUAUCCGGGUUCAUACUCGUCAUGUUGACCGUCGGCCUGUCCCUGCUCUGGGGAAUCGGGAGGAAUACUUUCGUCCAGAAUGUCCAAGAGCCACCGUUACACAUCAAGGCUGAUGCCUGAACUGUUGUGGCAGCCCUCGGACCGGCUGGGCAAUGCACAUGCCACACAGUCUACAUUCAACACAUUCUGCCUAAUUCACUUGCUUACAAUUCUAAUCGCAUGAGCCCGGGGGUCGGUGGGUUGUGUGGGUCGUGUGGAUCGGUGGGAGGGGUUAGAGAUCGUAAUAAUAAUGUCAUUGUCGCGUUCUUUUAUUGUCGGUUCUAUAUUGUCAUUGCGAUUCCGCCUAAACUCUCCACUCUUCACAAUCCACGAGGAAAACAAAGAGCCACAGAAUAUAGAUUCUUCGAUAUUUUUCCCUCCUUUAA